AGGGUCACAACAAGAUAGCAAAAAGCCAGUGCAGGGCCUGCAGGUAUAGGGGGAUCCCGCAGGCAGAAAUCUGUGGUGGGCGGGUGGCAGGUGAGCAAGGAGAACCUGUCUCUAAAGGAAGCACAGGGAGCAGGUGGUGGCUUUGUAAGACAGUUGGAACCCAAGGAAGGCAGGCCAUCCCCCAGGAAAGCCUAUGUUGGUGAGGGUUAUGGUGGGAGAACGAGUGAGCUACUGCCUGGCACCACCACACUCUGGAAGGUGCAGUUGGGAGGAAGGUUUCUGAGGCUGUAGACAUGGGGAUCGGAUGCUGGAGAAACCCCCUGCUGCUGCUGAUCACCCUGGUCCUGUCGGCCAAGCUGGGUCACUUCCAAAGGUGGGAGGGCUUCCAGCAGAAGCCCAUGAGCAAGAAGAACAUGAAUUCAACGCUCAACUUCUUCAUUCAAUCCUACAACAAUGCCAGCAAUGACACCUACUUAUAUCGAGUCCAGAAGCUAAUUCGAAGUCAGAUGCAGCUGACGACGGGAGUGGAGUAUAUAGUCACUGUGAAGAUUGGCCGGACCAAAUGCAAGAGGAAUGACACGAGCAAUUCUUCCUGCCCCCUGCAAAGCAGGAAGCUGAGAAAGAGUUUAAUUUGCGAGUCUUUGAUAUACACCGUGCCCUGGAUAAACUAUUUCCAGCUCUGGAACAAUUCCUGUCUGGAGGCCUGAGCAUGUGGGCAGAAAGAAACCUUGGAUGAGGGCUCAGACGAUUGAGUUGUGCACUGGCUGUUAUUAAACUGUAAAGGAUCA